AUGAGCAAGCUUGCGUCAACUUAUGCGCAUCAAAGGCGAUGGAAGGAGGCUGAAGAGCUAGAGAUGCGGGUAAUGGAGACGAGCAAGUCGGUGCUUGGAGAGGAACAUUACGACACAUUGGCAAGCAUGCAUAAUCUUGCAUUCAUUUGGAAAGACCAAAAAAGAUGGGAUGAUGCAACUCAACUAUUGCAGGACUGUGCUCGCCGUAGAGAGAAGGUUCUUGGUAUAAAUCACCCAGAUGCAGUGGCUUCUGCUUCGGCUCUGCUGAAAUGGAAGCUAGAUUUUACUUAA